AGUGCGCCGUGUUCGGCUUUCGCGUGUGGAUCGUGUCGUUGUAUGAAAAAUAUUCAUGAUUACGCUCAGUGCAAACUCGUCUUAUGUGAAAUCAAAGUUUGUGUAAUAAAAUGAAAUAAAAUAAAAACAACAACAAGAAUGAGAAGACAUGAAAAUAAAGAAAAUAGUGAAAUGAGAAAUGUUGCAAAUAUGGAAACAAGUGCAUAAAAAUAUGAAACUAAGUGUGUAUUAAUAAUAAAUAAAUAAUUAAGGAAAGACAUUAGACAGCUGUGUAUAUAUUAAAAAUUAAAAACAAAUAAAAAAAUCAAAUAAAUUCAUAAAAAUAUAAUAAAUUAAAAGAUUAAUAAAAAAUAUAAAUAAGUAAAUAAUAAAAAAUAUAAAAAUAAAUUUAAAUAUAUACAGAAGGUGCACAAAUUCUAAAAGUAUUAAAAAAAUAAGAAACAAAUUGCAAAAUAUUCCAAACCAACUCACAUACUUACAUACUUUCACUCAAAAAAGUGCAUCGUGUUUUUGUAAUUUAUACCAAUACGCGUGAGUGUAUGCCUCAAAUAGUUGCAACAGCACUAACAUCAAUACAUACUUACAUCGUUACUUAGUAUGUAGUUUUUGCAUAACACAACAAAUAUAAACCUUUGGCAUCUCCCUCACAUUAAAAAAAUCCUCAAAAAUUAAAAAAUAUCUAAGAAUCGUGCUCGCUUGGUCAUGUUGAUUGAACCGGGUAUUAAUCAUAAAUUUGGAACAUUGGCCGCCGCAAAUACGAGCAUACCAGCGCAUUGGAAAAUGGAACCACCAAGAAUACCAGCCUUAGCGGGUACUGGCGGUGCGCCCACCAUACCGCCACCGUGCAAUAUUGGCCUGCCACCCUCUGUGCAAAUACCGGGCGCUGGCAUCUUCGGAGCCGGUGGCUCACCAUCGCCCACCACACUGAAUGCACUCAUGUCGCAACAACGCUUACUCGAGUUGUCCCGUUUCGGCGGUCUACGCGGUUAUGAUAUAGCGCAGCAUAUGCUGUCGCAACAGGGUGCCGUCUCAAAGCUACUGGGCUCUCUCCGUCCACCUGGUCUAAUUGGUGGCUCCAAGCCAAAAGUCGCCACACCAACAGUUGUCUCAAAGAUCGAACAGUAUAAGCGCGAGAAUCCAACAAUAUUCGCUUGGGAAAUACGCGAACGGUUAAUAUCGGAAGGCGUCUGCACCAACACUACAGCUCCCUCGGUUUCUUCCAUUAAUCGCAUAUUACGCAAUCGCGCCGCCGAGCGGGUGGCUAGUGAGUUCGCCCGCACCGCCGCCUACAGUCUCUAUCCACCACAUCCAUAUGGCGGCUUCACUUGGCAUCCCUCUGCUGCAGCGGCGGCUGCUGCGGCAAACGCACCAACAGCAGCGCACUUUUGGCCCACACAAGCGACGGGUCCUACGCUUACGACGCUACCACCGUCGGGUGGUGGUAAUAGCGGCGGUUUAAGCAGUAAUAUGGGUGCUGGCAGCGCUUCGGCUGGUCUGCUGACAACUAAUAAUCGUGCAAUAUCGCCUGGCUCGGGUAGUCGCGAUACGCUAGAGUCGCCCGAUGAUAGUCGACAUGUGGAUUCGGAUUAUUUGGAUGACGAUGAUGAGCCGAAAUUUCGUCGCAAUCGCACCACUUUCAGUCCAGAGCAGUUGGAGGAGCUGGAGAAAGAGUUCGAUAAGAGUCAUUAUCCAUGUGUGAGCACAAGGGAGCGUCUAUCCAGUCGCACGUCGUUGAGUGAGGCGCGAGUGCAAGUUUGGUUUUCCAACAGAAGAGCGAAGUGGCGCCGCCAUCAGCGCAUGAAUCUGUUGAAGCAGCGCUCCAGCCCCUCCGGCCAUCCACACAUUCCGCAUUCACAGCCGUCGCCCGAAAGCAACAACAACAACAACAGUCACAAUCACAGUCACAGUCUCGCACCGCCAGCGGCGAUGGGCGUGGCCGCUUCACCGACCUCCAGCUGUCACAGCAACAGCAACGCCUCUACAUGUGCAGGCGCGGACCAACUGCAGUCGCACCACCACCACCACCACCAACAAUACACACAUGGCGGUCAAGCGUCGGCGUCGGGGACGGCCGGGAAUACGCAAGGGAGCGAAUUGGAAUUACGUGCGCACGGACACCAUUUGACGCACCACGCUCUGCAGCAUCCCCCGAACAGCACCGCGGCGACCAUGUUGUUGAAUCACUACAGCCAACAACAACAACAGCAACAGCAUCACCAACAACAGUACGCUGCCAAGGCGCACUAUGCAGCGGCGGGUGGUCAAAUGCAACACCCAGCGGCAGAGCUGACGGCGGAGAAUGCGUCGCAACAGCAACAACAUCCGCAACAGCACUUGGCCGCAACGCUAGCGGCCACACUAGCGACAUCCCAACAACAACAACAGCAGCAACUCAGCACAUCGCCCACAGCAUCAGCGCCAUUAUCAAUGGGCGGUGAGCAUAGCGCUUUCCGCUCGCUGGUCGGCUCACCCUCGGCGGCGGCAUUCGCACACUUGGUGCGUCAGUACGCGGUGGCGGCGACGCUGUCAGCGAAUGCCGCAAGCAUGGGUGAAGAGCUGAAACAACAACAUCACCAGCACCCACAACAGCAACAACAACAGCUCGUGACUGUCGACGAUUCUUCUGAGGACUCGGAGGAAGAGAUCAAUGUGCACGACGACUCAGACGAUGAGUUGGAAGUAGUACGUCGUACGCCACGCGCUAGCGUCCCAGAUCAAAAUAAUGGCUAUGGCGGCAACAACAACAACAUCAGCAAGCAUAAUGACAAUACGAGCGCCAGCAACAACAAUGCAGGUGGUGAAAUGUCGCCAACGAACAGCAAUAAAGCGCCACUACAACUCACCAAGCACGAUCGCUGAGCGUCGACCGCCGCACGCAGCUCCAUUCGAAACGCGCGGAUUGCAUUACAAAUAAAUUUGACAAACCUGACUCGGAGGCGCGCUUGUGAUUGACACAUUGGUACCGCCGCCAGUGGUGAAUGCGACAUGGCGGCGCGUGAAGGUAAGAAUUACUUUGUCUAUUGUAAGACACCGCCAACUGUGCGCCGCUGGUCGCUUAAUUAUGAGUGAAACCUGAAACUUGGCGGACGCGCAUGUUGCAUCUAUGCUUUGUAUGCGUUGCAAUGCAAAAAUAAUACUUUGUUAGAAAAAAUACAAACAAAAACAAAUAUGUACAUAGAUUUACAUUUAAAUGAGAUUGCAAAAAUUACAACAACAAACCCAGCAAACAAUUUGAAACCAAAGUAAUUAACGAAAACGUACAACAUUACAACGAGCGUGCGCGUGCUACUUAAUGUAGGUUAGAAUAAUAAAAAUAACAACAACAAUAAUAUUUGUAGAAUGCCCAGUAGGGAAAUUUAAACACUGGUUUGCGAAAUGGCCCGUUUUGAACUGCUAUUGUACCUUUUGUAGAAAAAAUGAACAUAUCAACAAUGUUAGUAGAAUGUUUAGUAGAGAAGACUGUAACUUCAAAUUUUUCAUUUGGGACUAGUAGUAGUCUUCUUUGAACUGCUUGACAUCAGUCCUCUUUUUAACACAAAAAUCUAAAUAUUAGGAAGAAUUUUUAAUAAGAAUGCUAUAUCUCCGAACAGUUCCUUUUGAUAGCCCAACUAAUAGUAGAUUCUGAACUAGUGCAGUUAGAAUUACUUACUUCUCCCAAUUACCGUUUUAGACCUUGAUUGGUUUUUAUAUUAGCCAUGUUUUAUAUAUAAUUUUGUACAAAUAUAAUCAUAUCUCAGCUUUAUCGUUCCCAAGAAUUCAAAAUCGACGUUCCUUACAGUACCGUUCUUGAAUCAAAAGCUAUAUAUCAAUGCUUAAAAAUGUCACAAGAGAAACUUUAAUAUAGAUUUUCGUUGAUCUUGUUAAGGUAAAGAACAUUUUAACCCUUUCUUCUGGAACCUCUCCUCAUAUUUUUCUAUUUUUUCCUAUAUUGUUCAAGAUUUAUGGACUAGUCUGCUUUCAAUAGAUGAGAAAAACGUUGUAAAUAUCGUAAAUUUGAAAAUAUUUUGACUUUUUUAUAUAAACUUGUCUUUCCCAAACCCAAAACUCGACUCGUGUUUAUAUUAGAGACGAUCUCUACCAAUAUAGACCCGGGUUAUAUAUUUUAUAGGGUUUAGAAGAGUCUUUGAGAAUAGAGUGUAUGAUAUAUGUACCUGAAUUCAGAUUCAGUCCAGAAGUGUCUUUCAGUAUACAGUCUAUGAUAUAUAGACCAGGAUUCAUAGAGACUGGUAGUGUCUUUCAGUAUACAGUCUAUGAUAUAUAGUCCUGGAUUCAAACGGUUCAGAAGUGGCUUUGAGGACUUUUACUUCGAAAGUCAGAAUAGAUUCUGUCAUAGCGAAAAGUUAACGGUAUAAAAUUUAUUUCGCUAGUGUCAAUUUUCACUACUGGGUUACCAUAGAAAUAUAGCAAAUUGUUGUUGUUGUUAUUGUUAUGUUUAAACAUAUUUUCUAUGUAAGAGUGUGAGUAUUUCAUUUAAAUAGCUAAUAAAAAUAAAAAUAAA